AUGACGAACGGAAACGGAGCUCUCCACCCCUCGGAAGGCUCCUCCAGUACGGACCGUACUGCCGGCUCCUCCGCUGUCGCGCGGGUAUCCUCCGCUCAGGCGCAAUCUCCCUUCAUCACCGCCGUCGCUGGCUCCUCCUCGUCCCGUCCCUCCUCCGCUUCUGGCACGCACGACGACCUCACCGUCGGCCACCACGCCCUUGCAUCCUCCAUCCGCGCCGAGUCCCCCGCGCCCAUCCCUCGGCCUCGCACAUUCCGUACCGGCUACAUCUACGAUGCCCGGAUGAUGCUUCACUGCGUGGACGGGUAUGAGCCCACCGAGGACUCGCUGGACUGGAAGGACGAUCAUCCGGAAGAUCCAGUCCGGAUCAAGCGGAUCUUCAAUCGCCUGCGGGACGCGGGGCUGGUCGCGCGGAUGAAGAAGCUGGACUUUCGGCAAGUGUCGUAUGAACAGGUCAUGCUCGUGCACAGCGAGGAUCACUGGGCCAAAGUCGAGGGGACACAGGAAAUGUCGGAUGAGAUCAUCCUUCAGACAAAACACUUCUAUGAGCAGCUCUCACUCUAUGUCUGCCGCGAGACGGCCCAUUGUGCCCGGCUCUCAUGCGGCGGUGUCAUCCAGGCAUGUAUCGCCGUCUGUACCGGGGAAGUCAGGAACGCGUUCGCUAUCGUCCGUCCACCCGGACAUCACGCCGAGCCGGACGAACAUAUGGGGUUCUGCUUCUACAACAACGUGGCGGUUGCGGCGAGGGAGGUGCAGCGGCUGGGGCUGGCGAAGAAGGUCUUGAUUCUGGACUGGGAUGUGCACCACGGGAAUGGUACUCAGCGGGCAUUCUGGGAAGAUCCCGACGUCCUGUACAUCUCGAUACAUGUACACCAAGGCGGCAAGUUCUACCCUACAAGCGAUUUCGGCGGGUUGGAUAUGGUCGGGUCAGGCGCCGGCAUCGGAACAUCGGUCAAUAUCCCAUGGCCUGACCAGGGUCCGGGAGAUGCGGAUUACCUGUAUGCCUUUCAGCGCAUCGUCAUGCCAAUAGCGUACGAAUUCGCGCCUGAUCUGGUCAUCAUUUCGGCGGGAUUCGAUGCGGCAGAAGGGGACCACCUCGGAGGCUGCAAUGUCACUCCCGCGGCAUAUGGACAUAUGACACACAUGCUUUGUGCUGUCGCUGGAGGCAAAGUCGUUGUUGCUCUCGAGGGCGGCUACAAUCUCCGAGCCAUCUCCGACUCGGCCGUCGCUGUUACCCAAGUCCUCCUGGGCGAGACCCCAGCUGUCCUGCCCCCACUCCAAGCGAGCGGUGUGGCUACGGAAGUCAUGUGGGAAGUGGCCAAGGUCCAGUCCAAGUACUGGAAGAGUAUCGAUGUGAAGGCGUGCGAGCCGCCAGAGAUUGUGCAGAUGGGGGAUCGCGUGGAAGCGACAGUAGCUGAAAUGAUAGAUCUGCUCAAAGCUCAUCGGGCACAUCACAUGUACACCAAACAUGGACUCUAUCAGAUCCCACUGGCCAGUGAUGAACUACAGAACAUCUUUGAGGGGCAGGUGAUAUGUAGUCCGACAGUGUAUGAGGCGGGGGAGAAGAGUGUGCUCGUGGUGUUUGUGCAUGACUUUGGGAAUCUACGCGUGGAGACAGAUGGAGUAUCGACCACAAAUGUGCACCUGACAAAUAGCUACCUUCUCGAUACCUCCGACCUGAUCGUCGAUUGGGUCACCAAAUCUUCGUAUGGCCUUAUCGACGUCAACGUCCUCACCAAUCUUCCCGACAAGAGUCCUGAGGGCGGCAAGAACAUCAUCCCCCGCGCCCCUUCGGACCAAGGCAAACUGAUGCGAUAUCUCUGGGACAACUAUAUCGAAUUAUCAGAGUGCGAGCAUAUCGUCCUGAUCGGGCAUGGGUCGGGAUGCCAGGCUGUGGUCGAUCUCGUCAAUAAUCGAGAUGUGGAGCAUAAAGUCAAGGCGGUGGUUCAGGUCGCGGGGCUGCAUUCGCUCGUCAAGAUAGAUCCGAAUGAUGACGACAAGGGCGCCUGGUUCAGAUCUUCAAGCAGGAUCUACAUCCCCCAGGCACAUCGGAUCCUAGCAGACGACCGUGCCCGCCGUCGACUAGGCGGCCAGGUCGUCCCCUCUGAAGGAAACACCAAGGUCGUCGAUGUCCUCAAUGCCGUCCUACCCCAAAUCAAGGAGUUUGUGGGGGAUCAGUUGGCUGCUGCCGGUGUCGGAAUGCCGAAUGGACACGGACAUGUUGGAGGGGAUCUGAACUCGGAUCCGCUGGACAGUAUACCGCACAGGAACGGGGACGUCGCGGGUGCGUCGGGCCACGGUACGUCGAUACCGCCGCGUGUCACUGCUUGA